AUGAUGAUAGUAGCUGUUGCUCGGUCAAACUGUAAAACACUGAUGUUUCAAUGCAACGAAUACCACCAGUAUUUAUACACAAAACGGAUUCGUAUCUGCGGUUCUCAUUGGCCGGCGCGUGAACGACAACCGAUGGGUGGGAGAAAUGGAAUGGUGCACUUCGAUUGGCCGGGCGCGCGCCGUAAAACGCAUAAAUACAAUGGCGUUUGUAAAUCGGGCAUCAGUCAACGUUCAGCGUUCACAGUAGCAAGUCUUGCAGUUCUAAGUUGGAAACUACAUAAAUUCAACAUGACCGGACGCGGUAAAGGAGGAAAAGGUCUUGGAAAAGGAGGCGCCAAACGUCAUCGCAAAGUGCUCCGUGAUAACAUCCAGGGAAUCACCAAGCCCGCCAUCCGUCGGUUAGCCCGUCGUGGAGGUGUGAAACGUAUCUCUGGUUUGAUCUACGAAGAAACCCGUGGAGUUCUAAAAGUAUUCCUGGAGAACGUGAUCCGUGAUGCCGUCACAUACACCGAACACGCCAAGAGGAAGACCGUUACCGCCAUGGACGUCGUCUACGCGCUGAAACGUCAAGGACGUACCUUGUACGGUUUCGGUGGUUAAACGCAUACAUGUACACAUAAACACUUACCUUAAAAAGGCCCUUUUCA